AUGAAAGCUGCAGAGCUACAUGGAGAUCUUAGUAAGCUUUCUAGAUCAACCAUCUUAAAGAAAUUCAGUAAUGAGGAAGUGAGGGUGUUAGUGACGAAUGAACAUUCUGCUAGAGGAUUGGAUAUACCAGAAUGUGAUCUUGUAGUUAAUCUGGAAUUACCCACUGACUCAAUUCAUUAUGCACAUCGAGCCGGCAGAACCGGUCGUCUUGGCAGGAGAGACUUGCAGUUUUCAAGCACCGGUUCUGGAUCUGUUUUAUAUGAACGUGGCAUGUCGGUAGAACAGACAGGAGAGUCGACGGCUGCGGGCGGCGGAGUAGGAGAGUCACAGAGGUCUGCUCCGACGCCGUUUUUGACGAAAACCUUUCAACUGGUGGACGAUCCGAGCGUCGAUGAGUUGAUCUCUUGGAAUGAAGAUGGUACAGCGUUCAUAGUGUGGCGGCCUGCUGAAUUCGCCAGAGAUUUACUGCCUAAAUAUUUCAAACACAACAACUUCUCAAGCUUUGUUCGUCAACUCAACACCUAUGGAUUCAAGAAAGUAGGACCGGAUCGGUGGGAAUUUGUACACGAAUGCUUUAGAAAGGGCGACAAGGGACUCUUGAAAGAAAUUCAGCGACGGAAAAUCUCAACCGGUGCAGCAGCAGCAGUGGGGACAGCGACAGCAAUCGCAGCUAACUCACACGCAGUGGUGACGGCAACCUUGAUGGUAGGUUCUCCGGCGAACUCUGAAGACGAACAAGUACUCUCUUCGAACUCAUCGCCAGCCGCUACGACGGGGCUACGAGCUUACACAUCUGCAGCUGAGAUUAGAGAAGAAAAUGAAAGGUUGAGAAGAGAGAAUUCACAAUUGAGUCAAGAAUUGGAUCGUUUGAGGAGCUUGUGCAGCAACGUAUGCACUCUAAUGUCCAAUCAUGGUUCAGGAACGUCGACGGAGGUAAGAGCUUUGGAUUUGAUGCCGGUUGAAAAAGGAUACGACGGCGGAGUGAAGGCGGCGGAUGAGGAGGAAGGAAUUAGUCCGAUGAUAUUUGGGGUUCCAAUCGGUGCAAAGCGAGCGAAGAGGGAUGAAGAUGAGGAAGGGCAGAAUCAAGUGAGGCGGGACGAUCCGGAAUAA